AUGCAAGAUGUAACCUUUCAGGACUACAUACGCAAUCUACAGACCAUCAUCGUCCCGGCCUUGAUCGUCGAGGAUGAUACAACUAAACGGUCUAGCGGAAGCGUCACCGAUGUCCACAGUAAGGUUUACCCCCGAACCGUACGCCGAUGGGACGAGUUUCCUCUCCUCUGCGAAAAGCAGUUCGACGACAUGGCCAAGAAGAACCUCUCACCCAAUUCGAGAAAAGACGAGAAGGACAUCGUACCCUUCAUCCGCGCCUACGCCGAACGACCUGCUAUGGUGAUAGUGAACAAGUUUGCCGCGACGCAUAAGCUCCUCCAAGGCACCGAGCUUCAGUUCCACAACAACGCAUAUGGCCUUCAUCCCAAACUAGUUCAGGGCGACGGGAAGAGCCUGCCGCCACCCAAUAAGAAGAGAUCUCCGGACCGCCCAACUAGCCUAGCCCCCGACCGAUGGGCAGUCCACAUCACCCAAAAAACCAACAUCGAAACAACAGCUCUGGUGGAGUAUAGAUACGCUGCGUCGGGGGAAUGCAUGGUCUUUCUCACUAUCCCGUUUAAUACCCCCGACGUCUUGCUUAUCCACCUUUGCGAUAAAUCUCCUACCGAUAUGCCGUCACUCAGCCAAUCACACGCUGUACAGCUAGCCACGCUCGGCCUGCUCGCCCUCAAAGCCGAUAUCCCCCCUGCUCAGUGGAUCCUCAACGCGGAGCAGACCCUCCCACGGUGGCCGUCGCCCAAGGAGAGAAAGGAUAACCAGCCAGGCGCUGGUGUCGCCAUUACGGGAGACGCUGCCCCCUCCCUUCCUCCUCCUCUACCUGACGACACCCCCGCUUCUUGUCGCAGCAUUAUAAAGGGAAAAUGGGACGAAUGUGAUGAUGAUGAGGAUACCAACGACAAUCGUCCAACAGCAGCUAUGGCGAAGCGAAAGAGAGAGGAACCAAGACCCACAGCGCUGCCUUCUUCCCACAAUAAUGGCGGCGGCGGCAAGUCAUCUUCCCACCAGCGCGGUGGGCCCGAUACUGAGCAAUACUGCACGCAAGCUUGUCUGCUCGGGCUCCGUCGUAAGGGCCCUCUUGAUCCCAACUGCCCAAACACACCUGUACAUAGCAGCAAACAGGGCUACCUAUCGCACCGCCCCAUCUCAGCAUCCGAGCUAUGCCUGCGUGUUCGGGACCGGCUCUCCCGUAAUCUCGACGACGGCUGCGAGUGCCUGGACAAAUACGGCAUGUUUGGCGCAACGGGUGUCUUGUUUGAAUUAACCGACCCGACAGCUGAUGCCAAUACCCUUACGGACGAGGCGUGGAUUUACUCGCACUGCCUGGACUUCCAGGGGAUCUGGAUCCCCGUCUACCUGGGUAACAUCGAACUCGUCUACCACUACCCGCUCCGCAGCGCCGCCGCCGCGACCCACAUGAUGCUCCUCUCCUGGGCCGGCACGACGCUCUGCCACCGCCCGCCGCCGGCUGGGGAUCAUGGUGAUCGAUUUUCACCUCUCUUUCGUGUAUGCCGCGCCUAA